AUGGAGCCUCCUGCCCCAGUGCUUCCCAUGGGAUCGAGAUUUGGAUCCCUCCCACGAAGAGCUGUGGAUACCCAGCCGCAGGAAGUGACAACACAGCUGGAGCAGCAGCCGGCGGAGGAGGCAGAGGGGACAAGGGCGGCGGCGUCGCCGCCGAGAGCCCACGGAGCUACAGACUGCGGUGGCAAUAGCGAGGUGAGGGAGGCUUGGACGAACGCCGAUGCUACUGCUUCUGUGGCGCACCAUGUGGUCCGGGACGCGGCGGACGUCUCGACUGGCGCUUCAUCCGCCGUAAGGGUUGCUGCUGCCGAGGACGGAGAAUUGCCGGAGCGCGCCCAGGAGGAGAGUGGAACACAGGCUCUCGGGAGCCGCGACGACGCUCACGCCGCCCGCGGGAAGACCGCGGGGCUGCGUGCCCGGCCAGCACUGCCGCGGCAUGGAGCAACGCUGGCGCCUGGUCACCCAAGACCCCUCCUGGGCUGGCUUCGGCAAGCGCCGUCACCACAAGCGCUAGGGCAUCCGUCAACAUCUGCACCACGGCUAGCAGUAGAGGCACAUGAGGAAGCAAGCACGGGGGGAGAACGCCAGCGGGCGAUGCCGCUACAACCUGAUGACGAACGGGCGGAACGGGGUGGCACGAGGAGGGGACUAGUUACGACACUGAGCGGGGAAGCGCCGAUAGCGAGAUCCGGCACGUGGCGGGAGAGAUACGGCCGUCCUGAACAGCCACCAGCACCAGCGAAUGGGAAUGUGGAUGCUCCUUACACUCCGGAGGAAGGGAGUCACUUUAUACCCUCCCGCUCCCAAUCUCCAGAGGACGACACCUCAGAAGGGGAGGAGGGAAAUCCGCCUAGCAACACUCACCGCGUACGUGGUGGUGGGGAGGCAUGUGGACAAGAGGAACCCAACAAUCCGGGCGCAGGCUUAGUGGGAAGUGCCCAGGUGGCGCCUAAUGAGAAAUCACCAGCUGAUCUGGCAAGGGAUGACAACAUCUGGCACCUGGCGAGCGGAUGGGACAUUGCACCGCUUCAACGCAGUGAUCAGUCUUCCUUGUCCGGCGGUUACCACCCAAGAUUCUAG